AUGGCGCAAGAGCAACCAGCCGCGCAAACUGCAAAUCAACCAUCGGUUUCAAUUCAUCCGGUACCUGAAUUCAACCAUGAUUCCGAAGUGGGCGAAAGUUUGGGCACACGUUGGAACAUUUGGAUGCAAGAUUUCGAAAUGUUCAUCCUUGCAAGUGGAAUCACUGAUGCGAAGAGAAAACGCGCUUUACUUUUGUAUCAAGCCGCACAACGUGUUCGCGAGAUUUUUCGACAAAUUCCAGACACGGGAAAUGACAAUGAGUAUGAUGUGGCGACGACCAAGCUCAAAGAAUACUUCGAACCACAGCAAAACCGACGUUACGCAGUCUAUCGGUUUCGUCAAGCGCAUCAAGAAGCUCAUGAAACCACGACCAAUUCCAUACGAGAUUACGGACCUUAG